AUGUUGGCGCUUCUGGCUUCGUUACUCUCUUUCCUUCUUGUCACGGUAAACGCCAAUCCAGACUCUGAAACGGUGUUGAUUCUCGGAGGUGGCGUGGCUGGCAUUAUCGCUGCUAAGACUCUUCACGAGGCUGGCAUAGACAAUUUUAUACUCAUUGAAGCUCGAGAUGAGCUGGGCGGAAGAAUGAAAAGUUAUCGUUUUGGUGGGAAAACUGUCGAGCUCGGCGCUAAUUGGAUUCACGGCGCUAAGCCUGUGUCUGGUCCCGCGAAUCCUAUUUAUACCUUGGCGAUAAAACAUGACGUGAAAAUGCAGUACAACGAUUUUUAUGGAAGUUUGUCGACAUUUGAUAUUAACGGUACCGCUGAUUUCGUUGACGUUUGUCGCAAGGCAUUCGCAGACCAUGCUAAGCUUACUAUCGCCGGAGGUGAGAGACUCAGCAGAUCGCUUGUUGAUCUUUCUGCUCGGACGGGUUACGCUCUUAUGGGGUCUAAACCUCAGACGCAUUAUGAACAAGCCGCUGAGUAUUUCCAUUUCGACAUGGAAUAUGCGCAAUCUCCGGAACAAUCAUCAUGGAUCGCCCAGGCUAUGAACGCAAACUUCACCUAUGACUUCAUUGGGGGGAAGCCUUUGAAAGACACGCUUUUAUCUAUUGACGAACGAGGAUUCAAGACCGUUGUCCAAGCGGAGGCGGCGGAAUUUUUACAGCCUUCUCACGUCAUGUUUAAUUCGACUGUAACAGAUAUUUCGUAUUCCGAUAGUGGAGUAAGUGCAACUCUCGACGGUGGGCGCGUGAUUCGUGGCGCGUACGCUCUAUGUACGUUCAGCCUGGGCGUGCUUCAACAUGAUGAUGUUCGAUUCCAUCCAGAAUUACCCGUGUACAAACAAGAAGCCAUUCAAAGCAUGGUGAUGGCCACAUAUACGAAGAUUUUCUUCAAGUUUGAUCGAAAAUUCUGGUUUGACACAGAGAUGGGGUUGUAUGCAGAUCCAGAACGAGGACGUUAUUCUGCAUGGCAGAGCUUAGACCACCCGAAUUUUUUCCCUGGUUCGGGCAUCAUUUUCGUCACUGUGACUGGUAUAUUCGCCGAACGAGUCGAAUCAUUACCGGACUCGCAAGUCCGGGAAGAGGCAUUUAGCGUAUUGAAGCAGAUGUUCCCAAAUAUUGACGUCCCGCAGCCACUCGACAUGUUCUUUUAUCGAUGGCAUUCAGAUCCUUUGUAUCGUGGGUCAUACUCAAAUUGGCCUCCGUCAUUCUUCCUUUCGCAUUAUCACAAUUUGAGGGCUAACUUGGGAAGGCUAUACUUUGCUGGCGAAGCGACGAGCUUGAAGUUUGUCGGGUUUUUACACGGAGCUUACGAUGAAGGUCUGAAUAUCGCCGGGGAAAUCAUAAAGUGUAUCCAGGAGGAGGAUGAGUGUGCUCCGAUGAAAAGGGUGCCAGACAUUACCAAUGGAGACGGGAAGUCUUAUGGUCGCUUCAAUAUGCAGUACAGUUUGUAUUAA